GAGGGCGGUCGUUGCAGACAGAGAGAGAUUGCAGAGAGGCAGAGUGCGUUUCUCCAUCUUCCCUUCUUUUUAAAAAUCUGACCGUUGAGCCUGUAAGUGGCUUACAGGGAAGUGACUUCUCACCCCCAUUGCCCUGCAGUUUUUGGGUAGAUUUGCGUGUAAGUGACUUACAGGUGAAUUUUCUCCCCUAAACACCAACUGGAAGUGACUUCCCUGUAAGUCACUUCCCACUUAACCCAACUUACAGGCAUCCAAACAGGCCCUAAUAAAUCAAAUCCCAAUCCAUUCGAAUUGAGGAAAAACCCUCACAAAAAGCCUUUUUUUUCUAGGGUUUCAAGCUCCUUCAGUUUCUUUCGAGAUGUCAUCGUCGGGUGGUGGGCCACUGGAGUGGGUGCUGAUGGUGACCGCUCGAUCGCCGACGAACAUCGCAGUCAUCAAGUACUGGGGCAAGCGCGACGAAACCCUAAUCCUCCCUAUCAACGAUAGCAUCAGCGUCACCCUCGAUCCUGAUCACCUCUGCACCACCACCACUGUCACCGUCAGCCCUUCCUUCACGUCCGAUCGCAUGUGGCUCAAUGGAAAGGAGAUUUCUCUGUGUGGAGGCCGGUACCAGAGCUGUCUGAGGGAGAUCCGAAUGCGAGCAGGCGAUGUUGAGGAUGAGGAGAAGGGUAUUCAUUUAAGGAAAGAGGACUGGGAGAGGUUGCAUGUGCAUAUUGCUUCAUAUAAUAAUUUCCCUACUGCAGCUGGGUUGGCUUCUUCUGCUGCGGGGUUUGCUUGUCUUGUUUUUGCACUUGGAAAACUGAUGAACGUGAAAGAAGAUAAUGGAAAGCUUUCCUCUAUUGCAAGGCAAGGUUCAGGCAGUGCUUGUCGCAGUCUGUAUGGUGGAUUUGUCAAGUGGGCCAUGGGAAAUGAUGCGUCUGGAUGUGAUAGCAUUGCAGUUCAACUUGCAAGUGAAACACAUUGGGACAAUCUUGUAAUUAUUAUUGCAGUGGUAAGUUCGCAGCAGAAGGAAACAAGUAGCACUGCAGGAAUGCAUGAUAGUGUUGAAACGAGCACCCUUUUACAUCAUAGGUCCAAGGAGGUGGUCCCAAAACGCAUACUUCAAAUGGAAGAAGCCAUUAAAAAUCGUGACUUUGCAUCUUUUGCAAAGUUAACUUGUGCUGACAGUAAUCAGUUUCAUGCUGUUUGCUUGGAUACUUGUCCCCCCAUAUUCUACAUGAAUGAUACAUCCCACAGGAUCAUAAACUACAUGGAAAGAUGGAACCGGUUUGAAGGAGCACAACAGGUCGCUUACACUUUUGAUGCGGGGCCCAAUGCAGUUCUAAUUGCCCGCGACAGAAAAACUGCUAGUCAUCUCCUUCAGAGGCUGCUCUUCUACUUCCCUCCACCUGCAGACAAUGAACUGACUAGUUACGUGUUAGGGGAUAAAUCAAUACUAGAAGAAGCUGGUUUGCAUGCAAUGAAAGAUGUUGAAGCCUUGCCGCCACCUCCAGAAAUCAAGGACAAUGUCCCUUCUAAAAGAUAUGCAGGUGAUGUCAGUUAUUUCAUCUGCACAAGGCCCGGAAGGGGUCCUAUAUUACUCACUGAUGAAGAUAAAUCCCUCAUUGAUCCCAAAACUGGUAUUCCAAAGUAAGUUGUGUAGGAUCAAAUCCAAUUUCCAUUCCUUAUUUAGACAUUAAUCUUUUUCAUGGAUUCACAGAAUAAUUGCUUGAGCCUGUAGCAGUCCAGUUUUUGCGGAUUUUUUUUUUUUUUUUAAUAUGCUAGACUUAUUUAACACUGGGUUCAUGCUCUACUUUGAUAUCAUUUAUUUGUUUAUUUUAAUUUAUUUUCCCCAUUC